GGUGUUAGGUUAGCGCGAGGCGUGACCUAGUUGACAGGCUCUGAGGUGCUGCUGUGGCGGCGGCCGCCGAACUGAGGCGGGUGGGAUCCAAAGCCAAGCGCGGGCUGAGGGAGGAGGGCGGCAACUGGAAAGCGGCGAGCGACGCGGGACGCAGAGCCUUUUUCACUUUUUCCUUCACGAGUGCCCCCUCCUAACCCUCCCACUACACACACACCCUGUUUGCCCGUGAGCCUGGGGAACUUGCAGCUUAAAGCCAGCCACCCCCACGGCAACAUGUACCCCAGCAACAAGAAGAAAAAGGUGUGGAGAGAGGAGAAAGAACGUUUAUUGAAGAUGACCUUAGAGGAGAGACGCAAAGAAUACAUAAGGGACCAUGUUCCUCUCAACACCAUUCCAUCUUGGAGGGAGGAGAUGAAGGGCAAGAACCAAAAUGAUGAAGAAAAUACUCAGGAAACAUUACAGAUGAAGAAAAGUUUGAGUGAAAAAGUUUCUCUGUAUAGAGGUGACAUCACAUUGCUAGAGAUAGAUGCUAUAGUCAAUGCGGCAAACGCCAGUCUUCUUGGAGGAGGUGGUGUGGAUGGCUGCAUUCAUAGAGCAGCUGGCCCCUGUUUGCUUGCUGAAUGUCGUAACCUGAAUGGCUGUGAGACUGGACAUGCAAAAAUCACAUGUGGCUAUGACCUGCCUGCAAAAUAUGUCAUCCAUACCGUAGGGCCAAUAGCCAGAGGUCAUAUUAAUGGUUCCCACAAGGAAGACCUUGCAAAUUGCUAUAAAUCAUCUCUGAAGCUGGUGAAAGAAAAUAACCUCCGAUCAGUUGCAUUUCCCUGCAUCUCCACAGGCAUUUAUGGUUUUCCAAAUGAACCUGCUGCGCUCAUUGCUCUUGGCACGAUUAAGGAAUGGCUGACAAAAAAUCACCACGAGGUGGAUCGGAUCAUCUUCUGCGUCUUCCUAGAAGUUGAUUUCAAAAUCUACAAAAAGAAAAUGAGCGAGUUUUUCCCUGUAGAUGAUACCAAUGAGGAAGAGGAUGUUGACAUGAAAGAAGAUUCAGAGGGGGUAGAGCCAAAAGGUCUCUCUCCACCCCACAAGAAGAGCAAAGCAAAGAAGCUAGAAGGUUCAAAAGACUCUAGUGAAGAUGAGAAUGGUCCAGAAGAAAAACAAAGUGUGGAAGAAAUGGAAGGGCAGAGCCAAGAAGCAGGUGGGCUCAGAUUUCUUUUGAGGAGUCUCCUAGGCCUCAUCCACAGAGAUGGUGUGAGCAAUACCACUGUGCCCAGCCCAGCUUCAGAAGAGACAGUUGAAGUCUGUAAAGAUGAAGAUUCUUCAAAGGAUGACAAUAUUAUAAAAGACAAUGAACUAACAGAUCAUUCUGUGUGUGACCAAGAUCAUCCCAGUGGAGAAGAGAACGAUUCAACAAAGAAUGAAACGAAAAUUGAGACAGAGUCCCAGAGCUCAUAUAUGGAAACCGAAGAGCUUUCAUCAAACCCAGAAGAUACCACGAUUGUGGAGCAGCCAGAAGUGAUUCCACUGACAGAUGACCAAGAAGAAAAGGAAGGUGGAAAAGUUCAAGGCGCGUACACACCUACAGAGUCUGUGAAAAGUCAAGGCUCCAGUGACUCAGAAAACACUACAGGUCCUGAUGUUGAAAUGAACAGUCAGGUUGACAAUGUAAAUGACCCAACAGAGAGUCAGCAAGAAGAUUUCCAAUAGGGGCGCAAGAUGAAGCAAAGGAACAAAGAAAUGAAACUAAAUGACAGUCCUCGGAGUUGCAAGGCUUCUCUUGGCCCUGGGGAAGUUGGGGAAGAAGACAGCACAUACUGUGGAGGAGGGGGGGGGUGGGGGGAAGGCAAGUCUCAUGGAAGGAUGGGGGAUCCUUUGCUCUAAUGUCUCCAGCUACAUUUUGUUCUGUUUACCUGCAGAAAAAGAAAAAGAAAAAAAAAAGUUUCCUUAAUCUGGUGGGAAGACCCAUGUUAUCACAUCUUUCAGGCACUCUCCUUGUCAUUUCUGUCUUUCCUCACACAACUUUGCCCCAGGGUCACAGUGGCACAUUUUAACACUCCCAUGUGUCUCCUGGUCCCUGUCUGCUCUCUUGGUUAUUUCACAAAGCUGGUCUCCUACAGUGGUUUCUUCAAAGAAAGAAAAGGAAGAUGAUUGUUUGACAAGUUGCAGGCCACGUUUCAGGUAUCACCAAGCCCAACAUCAGUAUCAUCUACAAAGACUGGGAAGACUAGGAAAUGAGCAAAACCCUCAGAAUUCACUUGGAAAAGGUCUGGGCCAUGAGUUGAAAAUAUUUGUUAAGGGAUUCCCAAGGUACAGUUUGUUCUGUGUAGUUAAUGAGAAUGGUGAAAGUAGGAUUCAACCCAGGGCAGAGCACAUACACAUAAACAAGGAAGGUAGUUGCAGGCAACCAUCAGGGUUUCUUCCUUCAUAGUACUUCGGAGCACACAGGCACUCCUCAUCUUUAAUACUGACCUCCAGCAGAGCUUACCUGGGUCCUGAGCCUUUACCAUGUGCUUCAGCAUGGAGCCCACCAAUGAGAUGUAACUCUUUGCUACACAACUUUAAAGGAUGCACUUAGCUAGGUGGUGUUGUGAAAAGCAAAGUGAGUGGCCAAUGCACUUAGGACUCUAAUGUAUGCUUGUUAUUAAUGCCUAUUAGUUUAAAAAGCUCCAUUUGAAAUCUCUCGACACAAACGUUUUUCAUAAAGGAUGAUUACGUAUUUACUCAAGGUUUGAUGCCCCCUCAAAAAACGAUUCUCAUUAGAGGUUAGAAGCAGUCAGAGCUUUUCCUUGCUGUGCUGGCUCUCUGGUCUGCAUUUAAAUGCUGUGGUUUGCUUAUGCAAAGUCCAAGCCUGAUUGGAUGGCUGGUCCCUUUAUGGAGUAUGGCCCUAAAGGGGAGCAGCAGUACUAACAACUUAAGGUGCCAGUGGGCAGUAGGCACAAGGAAUGAGGGCCAGAGGAGGCCGGGCAUCAUCAUCACAAGUAUCCAUCGCAGAGCCAGCCUAAGGCAGAUGCCUGCUUCCCACAGCCUCCCUGGUCCUAAGGCCAUUCCUUUGUUUUCUGUGGAAACCGAUUUCAUUUCUUACAUAUCUUCUUCUGUCUUCUAAAUAGAGCGUUAGGAUUAUAAGGCAUUUUUCUUGAGAGGGAGAAAAAGAAUUGAAUUACUUCUAAAAUGAAAGUAUAUCUGCAUUCUAAAUAUCCCAUCCAAUCCUUCAGUCUUGUCCUUUCCUAGGAAAAUAAUCAUCUUCCAUGACUUUUCUUUCUGAAUUUAUUGCCCCUUCCAAGUGGUUUAUUUGAUAUACUGGAAUAAUUAGCAAAUUAUAAUUCUGCAUAUGUCAUAGGUUUUAACAACACUUAUUUUUUUAAAAAAGCUGUUUAUUGACAUAGCAAUGAUAUUUAAGUGACUUCAUGAUGAGGAAACAUGAUCAUUUCUCCUUCAGCUGUUAUUCUGUAGUUUGAUAUAGAAGCACAUAUGUCCUUUUUACCCAUUAGACAUUGCUUUCUAGAAAAGGAAAAGGCUUGUUUUAGAUAAUCUGAGAAACAAUGCCAUCCAGAUAUUGAUAUUUCUGUAUUUCAUGCCAUCUUUGUGACUCAGUUGAACAUUGUUAGUCAUUCUCAUCAAGUGCUUGACCAGUACAAUCUACUAGGAACUUGUUUUCUAGUGACUUCAAAAGUUAAUGCUACUCAGCCUCCAUCCAUGAGUUACAAUUGAAGACAACUCAAAGGAGGCAAGAGCAACAGAAAGAUGAAAAAGACCUAAUAUUCCUGAGAGGAACAGCCAGGAUUGGAGUUAUUCCAGUCUGGGCAUUCCCCUUAUCAUCCACAGCUAUUUCAUUCAUUUAUUUUAAAUGUGGGUGGGUUAGGAAAGGGAGGAGGGAGUGCUCUGUGUGCAAACUGGAGGUAACCUUUGUAUCCAGGAAGCUAAGAGAAUGAUAUUUAUCAUCAGCCCCAUUGCUGAAUUUGUUUAAACUUCUUUUUAUGAUUAGAUUAAGCUUUCCUUUUAGCUUUGUUAUGCUUUAUGGUUGCUAUUUGGCUAUAUGAUUAUAUGCUUUGAAACAAAUAAUGUAGUUAAUUUUCAUUUCAAUAGUGAACUGUUAAGAAAAAUCUAGCUAUUGGUCAGAUGGAAGACACCUCAACACAGGAAACCUGUAUUUGCUGGCUUUGUCAUUGCACAGGUUGUACAAGGGAACAAAUUUGAAAAGCUGAUUAAUUUUCCUGCACAUGAAUUCUGGAUGUCAAUUUUCAACCACACUUCAACCAGGCUAUGUGGUAUGAAGGGUUACAGGAGGGAGGGAGGAAAAUAGCCCUAUAUUAGUCAUGUUUGCAUACAGAGGAUCGAAGUAGGACUUCAACAUAAUGCUCCUAAUUAAAAAGGUACUCACUGGAGGAGAGACAAAGGGGCUUUUCCUCUAGCUGGUAACUAUUCAGAUGAUGGACAAGUCCUCUUUCAUAAAAGCUUACAAAGAAGACAUCCGAAACACGGUCUGUGAUACUGGGUCACAUAUUAAUCACCACAGCUAAUUGUAAAUCUUUCUAUGAAACACUGAAAAGCCUCUUUGUGAAUUAAUACAGUUCUGCUUGAUGCAUUUGAUUUGAAAAGACAUUUCUCUGUAUGUGGCGCAUGUCGGCUGUGCUUUGAAAAAUAACAAAGUUAGCAGAAUACAUUCAAUAUAUUUUCUUGGGGAAUAGGGUUUUUAUCAUAUGACUCAUUAAGGAUUUGCCUUAUCCUGACAUUUGUGAUAUAAAGGAAAAUCAGAAAAAAAAGUAAUUUUCUUGAUCAAGAUAUGUUUUUACUUAAUGCAAAUAAAUGUAGUCUGUUGCUUGCAAGGAAAAAAAAUCUUCUGGUAUAAACUGCUCAAUAGGAUAAUACGUGCCUCUUUUGUUAAACCAGCCUUGAAAUGCUGGACUGCUUCUCAAUCCGUUUGUUUCUUUUCAUCUGUGCCAUACACUAAGACACUUAAACAACUGUUGCCUUCAUACUAUAUUUGUUAGAGCAGAGUGCAAAUAAAAUUCGUUUGAGAGGAUAAUGUGGAA